AUGUUACAUGGAGAAUUAGGAGUAAGAAAAUUAGUUUCUCGUUGGAUACCCCACCUGUUGACUGAAGAGCAGAAAGCAGCCAGGGUUAAUUGGUGUCAAAAAACGCUUGACCAAAUGGAACUCAACCGAGAACAUUUUCGCCCCAUAAUUUAUUACAACUUUCAGAGACAAUUAUCGCAACAAGAAUGCCUUCCUGAGUUACUGUCUGCUUUCGGCAAUGAAGCGUCGACAACUUUUCGUUGGUAUGGAGAAUUCAAACGUGGACGGGUGACUCUUAGCGCCGAUCCCAGGGUGAGUGCACCAAAACCGACAGUCACCCAGGAAAACGUCGAUGCUGCGCGCAAACUCAUCAUUGAAGAUAGACAUGUGACAUAUCGCGAGAUUGAGGCAAAAUUAGUUUCUUGUUGGAUACCCCACCUGUUGACUGAAGAGCAGAAAGCAGCCAGGGUUAAUUGGUGUCAAAAAACGCUUGACCACAAUAAACGACAGUCGGCUGUUUGGUGUUUCGAAAAAAACAAUGCAAGCUCGCACACCGCUCAAAAAACAAGGCAGUAUUUAAAGGAAGAAAACGUGGAAUUAUUGGACCAUCCUCCAUACAGUCCAGACCUAAGUCCUAACGAUUUCUUUACUUUCCCGAAAAUUAAAAACAGACUGCGUGGUCAAAGGUUCCAGUCGCCAGAAGAAGCAGUUGACGCAUUCAAAAAUGCCGUUUUGGAUCUGCCAGCAAACGAGUGGAAUAAGUGCUUCGAAAAUUGGUUCAAGCGCAUGCAGAUGUGUAUUAAUCUUCGUGGAGAAUACUUCGAAAAACCAUAA